AUGUUGAAGCAUUUCGGUUUUAGGAUAUAUGGUGAGUGUGGGAUCCGUGGCGGUUACGCUGAAAUCAUUAACAUGGAUCCGAAAGUGAUGAAGGUGCUAUUGAAGUCAAUUUCUACGAUAUAUCCUAUUAAUCUCGGCCAGAUUGUGUUGGACGUUGUGAUGACUCCACCGCGAUCGAAUGAGCCAUCGUUCGAACUAUUCCAGAAGGAGAAGGAAAAAAUCUUGCGUUCACUUGCAGAGAAAUCGCAACUCAUUGACGACAUACUCAAUAGUAUUCCAGGAUAUAAGGCGAAUCCGCCGAUGGGUGCGAUGUACGCGUUUCCACGCUUCGAGCUGCCAUCGAAGGCGAUUGAGGCAGCGCGAGCGAAAGGCCAGGAACCAGACGUCUUCUACGCGUCCGAAUUAUUAGAGAAUACUGGGAUUUUAGUGCUCCCGGGUUCGUACUUCGGUCAAAUACCUGACAAGGCGCAUAUAAAGCGAGCGAAGGAGAUGACAUGCUCCGUCUACCUGCUCAUCCACGUUCACUUAUAUAAUGCGCUGGCUAAGAAUAUGAUACCAGCAAUAAACGAAAAAUACGCGAUCGCGACAGUAUCGUUAACCCAUUGGAGCAAUGACAGUGCCACGAGUGAAAAGCUUUCAAAAUUAAGGCCGAUUAUUUUGUGUCGCGGCAUGGCAUCGAACGCAAUGACGGUGAUGGCGACGUCGAGCCCGCGCGGUAAAGUCCUCACCGAGAACAACGUUUUCGUGAACCUGCGCAAAAUGGAGCUCGCGAUGUGCGGACCGCUGUUCUUUAGGGCACGGGAGAUUGAAAACGAGCUACAAAAAUACUCGGAGUCGGCCGGCAUCGAAUGUAUUCGCAAGCAUGUUGCACAGUACAUUCAGGAACGCGAUGGCGGUAUCCCUUGCGAUUACCACAACAUUAUUCUCUGGAACGGCGCUUCUAUCGGUAUCAAAUCAUUCCUGAAUCUAUUCAACGAAAGGCUCGACGACAAACCAUCCGGCGUGCUGAUCCCAUUUCCGCAAUAUCCUCUAUACUCGGCGACCCUGACGGAGUUUGGACUCGCUCAAAUCGGGUACUAUCUGGAUGAGGAUAACAAGUGGUCGCUAGAAAUCAGCGAGCUGGAACUAGCAUUAAGAGAAGUCAAGGAUACGUGUAAUCCUCACGUGUUGGUGGUGAUCAAUCCCGGUAAUCCAACCGGCCAAGUAUUGACUCGCAAAAACAUCGAAAACGUCAUCCGCUUCGCCCAUAAACAUCACCUGUUCUUGCUGGCCGACGAGGUCUAUCAGGACAAUAUAUACGACAAAGACAGCGCAUUCCAUUCCUUCAAGAAAGUCAUGACAGAGAUGGGCGAGCCAUAUUUGAAAAUUGAACUGGCAUCAUUUAUGUCCAUUUCGAAAGGAUAUGUGGGUGAGUGCGGGAUCCGUGGCGGUUACUCCGAAAUUAUCAACAUGGACCCGGAAGUGAUGAAGGUGCUAUUGAAGUCGAUCUCUGCGAUGCUGUGUCCUACCGUGCUCGGUCAGGUCGUGACGGAUAUUGUGGUGAAUCCGCCGCGACCGAAUGAGCCAUCUUAUGAGCAAUUCCAGAAAGAGAAGACGGAAACUCUACGCUCUCUAGCAGAAAGAUCACAGCUCGUUGUCGACACACUCAAUAGUAUUCCUGGAUAUAAAGCGAAUCCGGCGAUGGGUGCGAUGUACGCGUUUCCACGCUUCGAGCUGCCAUCAAAGGCGAUUGAAGCAGCGCGAGCGAAAGGCCAGGAACCAGACGCCUUCUACGCGUUCGAACUAUUGGAGAACACUGGGAUUUUAGUGAUCCCGGGCUCGUGCUUCGGCCAGAUACCUGGUACAAAUCAUUUCCGCACUACAAUACUGCCGCAAAAGAAGAAAAUCAAAACAAUGCUCGAAACGCUGAAGCUAUUCCACAUCAAAUUUCUUGAGAAAUACAGUUAAAUAAUACAUUUCAAUAGUUGAGAGAAAAUUGACAAAUUAUGGAGAAUAGGAAUUACACCCAUAAUGAGAAAUGACUUCCUACGACUGUGCAUAUCCAAGUGAGAGUUCAGUUUUUGAACAUUUAA